CAGAGGUGGAGGGCUACGGCCGAGACAGUGAUGAGAAUGUGGAGGACCAUCAAACUCCUUCCACUGUCCUUGAUGGUCCAUGUAGCAGAGGCUACAUCUGUGAGUGACCCAGUGAUCUGCUACGUCUUAGAUGCCGUUCUCCUCCUCUACUGCAUCGUCUUCACGGCGCUCUACUUCAGAGAGAAGUUUUUGAGGAGACCAACUACGCAAGAAGAGAACAACCAGACACAGGAGGGUGAAGGGGGUAGUUACGAGGCAGUGGGCACCCAGAGCAACCCAGAGACUGGGGCAGUGCGACGACAGCGGGCCCCAGCAGCAGAUGAUCACUAUGCGGCUCUGCAGCACCGGACGGGAGACACCUACGCACAAAUCCAGAACAAGAAGAAGAAGAAGGAUGCCCAAGCAAGCAGGACCCAAUUGUAUGAGUCUCUCCAACAGACAAGUGCAGAUACUUACAACUCACUGGAGAUGAGGCCUCUUCCACCCCCGCAUCCACCAAAAUGAGCUGGUCGUCCUCUUGAUUCAACUGUGUAGGUUUGAUUUGAGGGGGACAUACAUUUGGGAGGGGGACAUACAUUUGUCUGCAUCACCUACAAACAACAUCUUGAUAAUUCACCUUUUUGAGUCAGGUUCUUCAUCAAUUUAUGAUAAUUUCAUAUAAUUCAACAGAAAUAUUGGUCAAAUGUAUUCCUUUAACCUUGAAAUGCCAGUCAUUUCUCUAAUUUACUGAAUACCUCUGUAAAAUGUCCACUGUUUGCUAUUACUGUCCAUCUGUCUCCAUAACUCACUAGGCCUAUACAGUUGAAUUUACAGUUUGAUGAAGAACAAUUGAAUUUAUAUCAUGCAAGGCUUUGCACUGAUGACCAUCUCUUACAGUCAGGGUUGGGUCAGAUUACUUUGAAAUGUAAUCCAUUACUGACUACAGAUUACAUGGCAAUUUUUGUAAUCAAUAACGUGAACACACGACAUACACAUUCUUAUUUCCCAAUCUUUAAUUCAGAUGCAUUCAGUUGGUGAUAUUGCCAGGUAGGCCUACAGAACACAUUUUUCCUGAUUGAAACAGGUCUAUCGUUCGACGUCGACGGCUCCAUAGACAUUAGAAAGCUAGAUACUGCAUUGGGCUCCAAAACGUAUGUAAAUAGCACCGCCAUAUUGGUGGGGGCAACAAUCACUGGAGGCCAAUGGAGAAACAUGUGACUGACUGGAAAUCAGAC